AUGCUGAAUCGGACGCUGCGGAGACAUCCGACGGGCGCCUUUCUCAGCUAUCCUGUGGCGGCGCUCUCGACCUGGGGCGUGCUGUACGGAGCGCUGGCGGUAGCUGGAGUGAGCGCAUCGCCGGCAAUGGCGCUGGCGUACGUGGCCGGCCGACUGACAGCGCGGCUUUCGUUCCCGCUGGGGGUGGCGGCGGCGGUGCCGCUGGCCAAGCUGGCCCCGAUCCUGACCCGGAUCAAGGUCUCCGCGCUGCUGGUCACGCCGCGCAACUCUUUCCUCGGAACGGCACCGCGCGAGGACGCGUCGGUCGAGUCGGCGGCAGCGGUGCAAAAGGUUGAGCGCUGGAUGCGGAAGCUCGAGGGCCCGAUUGACACCUACGGCGCUGCGCUGCUCAUCGGUCGGCGUGUGGUUGGCCUCAGCAAGGUUGCCGCGUUUUAUGGAGCCAUCUCGUACGGCGUCGACGUCGAGGGCAUGCUCGCCUCGUGGGGGCUCGCUGCCGAGGUCGGCGAAACAGCCGGCCUGCUGGCCGUCGCCACCGCGGCCAACACGCUCGCGUUCCCAGUCCACGUCGCCGGCGCCGUCGCGGCAGCGCCGCACAUGUCGGCCCUUCUGCGGCGGAUCCAGGCCGCAGGCUCGAUCCGCGCCUUUGUGAGCCGUCCCGAGGCGCGCACCCAGGCGCGUACUGCGUCGUGA